AUGGAAUGGUAUUCUGGUGAUAUAGGCCAGUGCGUACAGAAGGUGAAAUCUGAUAAGGUGCUCCUGUUGGUAUUUUCAAAAGACAAAGAAAAUUCAUUGUCAUCUGAAAUCGCCACAACGCUCAAUGCCGCAAGUAUUACUCGUCAUUGCCGAAAUAUUGUAUGUCUGCAGUUGGAUUCCGAUUCUGCAACUUUUGGUCAAUUUUCAUCAGCCUAUGAGGUACCGUCCCUGCCGUGUAUUCACUUGAUAUCACCAUCAGGAUCUAUUUUGGCGGUGAGAACGUCAAACUUCUCUGAAGACCAGAUUGCAUCAUGGCUUUCACAACAGGUCGUGGCUUAUGAAGAGACUGUCUCAUCUGAUCACAUUGCCACUCCGCAACCAGAGAAAGUACAGAAACAGGAGUCUGAUGAGAGCGAAACCGCAACUAACUCUCCACCUUCUGCUCGGCAAGCAGCAAGUGGCAGCAGCAGUCUGAACGACCGCGUGCAGUAUGCUCGUCAGAAAUUAGAGGAGAAAAGGCAGGCACAGGCUGUGGAGGCAUUUCAGGAAACUCAUGAAGCUGAACUGAAUCGGCGGAGUUUGGGGCACAAAAUAACAGAUUUUAAGCGUCGUCAACAGGAGCAAGAGAUUCGUGAACGCUUAGAAGAACAGAAACGCAAGAAGAUGGAGGACCGAUCGGCGCGCCAACGUAUUCUUGCUCAAAUUGAACAGGAUAGACGUGAUAGGUUAGGGGUUUUGGCGCCGGCCGCAACCCCACCCAAGUCGACAAACUUUGCCUCCACCGCUGCCGUCAAUCCAAAUGAGAUCCGUCUCCAACUGCGCCUACCCGACGGCUCUUACAUAGUUGGUGUGUUUCCAGCCGACGCACACUUGGGCACUGAAGUUAGACAGUACAUUGCCUCUUGUGUCCUGUCGACGCAGGACCCAGAUGCUGUUCCCCUCGAUGACGCUGUACGAGCCUCCUUCGCCUUGGUUCUUGCCACCGGUUUUACCUUCCGUCAGACGCGUCCUAGCCCUCCACGUCAAUUCACCUCCGACGACGAGAACUCCAGAACCCUGCGCGAUCUUGACCUCUGGCCUUCUGCUGUCCUUAUGCUCCAUAGUACCAACUCAACUUCUACAUCAAGAGGCUAUCUCGUAAAAUACCCAGGAAAUGUGAUUUCUAGGACGAUGGAAAUCUUAUGGGGUGGUCUGCGAGGCAUGAGGGACGCGAUUUUCUACCUUGGCAAUGGUCUCGUAUACUUAGGGCAGAGCGCCUGGCAGACGCUCUUCAGAAGUGAUGGGCGCACUGUCGAGAGUAGUUUGCCGGUGUCUCCGACGAACCGCGAAUCCCGUGAACCUAAGCCUGGCCCGGGGGUUUCCGAAACGACUGCUUACAGACGACAGGGCAAAAUCACCCGGUUGUCACAUAUGCCAGAUGACACCGAUGAGCAGGCCAGGUGGAACGGCAACUCAACAACUCAGCUUUGA